GGAUUCUCAGUCAGUGAAGAUUAGGCCACUCACAAGUACGUUCAGCUUGUUCAGUAGUUUCCUUACCGUAUGUGCGUGUGUCUCAGCGGAUUCCGCGAUAGUGUUACCAGGGACAGAGUGAUUUUCUCAGUCACACACACUCACACGCAAGUGCAUUUCCGCGACAGUGAUCGCUUCUCGUUUGCUUCUUGCGGUUGUGUUUAGUGCGCUGCGUUUCGUUAUCGUUUGCUGAACAAACAAUCGGGCGGCGUCGUGAAAUUGCAACCAAAACCGCGAGCCUAAGCGCGUGAGUGAGCGUUUUGUACUUGGACUGUGUCCGUGAAAGCGUACCGAUGGCACACCGAAGUUCGGCCAAGCUGAUGCUGGCACUGGUAUCGCUCUUUUGCGUCCUGCAGAUGCUGGAAUGUGGAGUAGUGGACCGGCAACCCCGAGCCUAUAAACAGUACAACACCGAACCACAGAAGAGACCGUUCUGCAACGCGUUCACCGGGUGUGGCAAGAAGCGAUCGUCCGCGUCUAGUCCACCGAGCGCUUCGGCAGCAGCCGCAGCCGCCGCCAUGCUCCAACGGCACAUGCAGAACGUUGAAGCGAACCGGAAGGACAGAAUAAGCAGCGACUUUGACCCGAACGAGGAAUCCAUCAGCAGUCUGCUCGAUCUCAACACGGAACCGGCCGUCGAGGAUCUGCUGCGACAGAUCAUGUCCGAGGCGAAGCUGUGGGAAGCGAUCCAGGAAGCGAACCGGGAAAUUUACCUGCAGAAGUCGGGCGUCAAGGAGCAGCGUAACGAUUUCCCGCUCACGUUCAGCACGCAGUAAGCUGCGUAACGCCUAACGCUGAUAUGAUCGGUUACCAAGCAACCAACCAAUAUUUCUACUUCUUGGUGUAUAAAUAGUCCAUUCCGGCAGUCCGGCGCACUGAUGGCGGGCUGGCAUCUCUUUUAAAACUGCAUGGCUAGGGAAACGGACACAAGCUCCACGGUUGAACACUGUUACUUCUCUAUACUUCGGGGCAUACCCGGCACACAAGCAAGCAAGCAAGGUCGUAUGCGACCUCGACGUCCUGCAGGACGACAGGAGGAAUGUUUCUUAUAUUGUAGAUCGUUACUAGUCUUAAGGAAGCAAAUGCCCCUAAAAAAACCCCAACCCGUAUCCUUACACAGUGUAGCCGAGAGGUACUCUUGCUACUGGAGACACGCCACAUCACGUGUGUAGCUGUACGACGCGGGGACAUUCCAUCGUACGGUGCGUUCAUUUAACGGCAAGUUCUGCAAUGCAAUAAAAAUCGCGAGAGUAAAUCUGAAA